GUUGAGUAAGUAUUGACUUGCUUGGGUACCAAAUGAUCAGUUCGGAGCAGUGCCUGGCAUGAAUCUGUAAAGUUUUAUUUCAUAUCAUUGUUGUUUGUGACGUCAUAAAAGCAAGGGCUCUGAAUGCUCUAAAGUACGAAGUUUAAUAUCAGGUAGUGUGAAAUUUCAAAGGGCUUUCGAAAGAAAGAUAAUACGUGUUUAUAAUUGACACAGAUACCUGGUGGUUUUGGUCUGGAUCAGCCGCUGAUGAAUGAUUGGAUAUCAGCACUAAAUGGAACCAGUUCUCUUUCAUUAGCAUAUCAACCAAGUUGUCCAGUCUCAGACAGUCAGGUGGCUGUGUCAGAUGUUUCAAUUUUAGGACAGUUACAGUACUGCUCUUUGUCAGAUGAUAUUGUGCCACCUAAUCCACUGCGACAACUGCAGCAGUUCCCAUUGUCGCAUCAUGUAUCUACGAGUACUGUAAGACAGCUAAUAUACUCUAUUGUAUCAAAUAAUACAUCUGCUUCAUUACCAUCACCAAAGGAUAAUAGCUUGAAUAAACAGACUGCUCAGACUGUAUUUUUAUAGUUACCAGUGUGUAAAUAUCCAAUAGGUAUACCUCCAAGAAUAGAAUCACAGUGUAAAAAGACUAGACGAUAUACUUCAUUACAAUCACAUAAGACUUCUUCCAUAAGCUCUGAAGUAAAUGAUAUAAGUGAUGUGACUGUCAUAGAUGGAGUAGAUGUUCAUGGUGAUGAGAAAUGUGAUGACGUUGUUGCCAUAUCAUAAACCCACACCAAUUAAGAUGGAAAGUAAUGUAAUUACUAUUGAUGAUAGUGAUGAUGAAGAUUUAGGAAACAGAAGCAAACUCUUUACAGAGACAGUUGAAGUAACUGCUAAAGACAAAACACGUGUUCGUGAUGAAGACAAUGGCUAUGGUGGUGUCCGUCGCUAUAAAGCCAGGUCUGUUGAGAUGGAAAGCAAAACUGUAAUUACCAUUGAUGAAAGUGACGAUAGCAAAAGUGAAGAUGAUAUAGAUAUAAUUAUUGUGGAUGAACAUAAUGAGGAGUUAAGUAGCAGGGCCAGAGGUACAGUAGCGAUAAAAACAGAAGAGGGGUUAAAUAUUUCGGAUAUAAAGUUCAAAGUAAUAAAAAGUGAAGAAAAGCCUGAAGUGAAAGCAUUUGAGUUCCAAGAAGAAUUCAAUAUAAAAGAAGGCAAUGACAGAAAGCCAGUGUUAGCAGAGACAUCAUACCAUAUGACUGAUGUUAAAGAACAUGAUAUGACAAUUAUAAAAGAGCCCAUGGAAGGGAUAAAAGUUGAACAUAAAUAUUCUCUUGAAUGGCCAGACAAUAGUGACAACUUGACUGAAGAAGUUUCCUACCCAUUAUGCCCUUUCCAGUAUCCAGAUCUUAGUAACGAUGUGAAAGCAGAAGAGUACUAUCAGGCAAAAGGUAGUACUGAGGUUAUAGAAGAUAGCCUUGACUCAAGACUGAUUAUUGAUGAAAUUAAAGAAGAAAACCAAACUGACUCGAGUUUUGAGCCUAGCUAUGAUUCCUGUAGUGGCAGCUGUGAAACACCCACUCCAGACCUUGAACAUACAACAGAAGUGUUUGGAAAUAAAACUGAAUUCAGUAAAUUCAAUACAGAAACUGAAAUGAUGACUGGAGAGGAAGAAAACUUAGAAUAUUCGAGUGCAAAAGAAGAAAAUAACAGAGUUCGAUGCUUUACGUGCAAGAAAAGCUUUCCUUCGCAAAGGGUGUUAGCAAAACACAUUUUGAAUCAUACGGGUGGGAAGGUGUUCCGGUGUGAAGAAUGUCAUAUGCAGUUUAUUUUGAUGUCUCAGCUGACAGCCCAUAAAGACAAGAAACAUCUGAUGGCAUUUUACAACUGCAAACAUUGUGGUGUAUCAUUCAAUACCAGGAGUAAGCUCAUGAACCAUGUUUCUGUUCACACUGGAGAACGUCCAUACUCCUGUGGUGGUUGUGGAGAUGUGUUUAUUAGUAACAGUGACCUGGUCGAACAUCGUUUAAAAUCAGGUGAACGACCAUUUUAUUGUGAAAAGUGUGGUGCACGAUUUGCUUGGAAGUCCAUGCUGCGGGUACAUCAGAAGGUCCACAGUGAAAUAAAAAAAUGCAAUGUAUGUCCAAUCUGUUCUCAAGCCUUCAAAUACAGUGUUCUCCUUUUGAUGCAUCAGAUCAGUGCUGGUCAUGGAGUACCACGUUGGUAUCAGGAUAGUUUCAAUACUAUGAAUCCAGAAAGCUAUCAGCAACAUGGAAGAAUUAAAUUAUGUUUUCAUAUGUUAAAAGUUGCUCCGAGGAGAGUAUGUGGAAAAUUGCGAAUAUUGGGUAAACAAAAUGCAGCACAAAUGAUUGAGAUUCAACAAAUUUCUGUGAAAGAUGAGCAGAUGGAUGUGGAAGAAGAAAUGUCCUCUUCUUCAGACAUUAAAGGUGGGAUGUUAUCUUUGGAAGGGGCAAAAGGGCCCAAAGAAAUGUCGACCUCUAAAGAAUUAAAUGAAGGAGGUUGUUAUAAAAGGGUAUAUAUAAAACAGACACAGAAACCUUCAAAAUGCUGCGAGUAGGACUUGUGCUGUAUUUUUGGCAGUAUUUAGAAGCAUAAAAUUUGGAUUAGGCAUGUGAAAAAGCACAAAGUUUAAGUGCUGAUUAAACUACAGGCAACAACAACAAGGAGCCUGGCAGACACAGUUGAGAAAACAAUAAUUGUAAAUGGAAUGUGGAAUAGUUUCUGGGAUGUAUAUCUGGUACUUCAUUUAAUAAGAUGACUAUCAUUUCAUGGCAGCAGUACCAAGAUACAUUAUGAGAUUGAAGUUUGCAACACAAAAGUUUAGGAAAACCUCAUAUACAGAAAAUUGGUGGGCCAUGUGUGUUCCUUGGGUUUUGCAUCAGUGCCCUAGAUUAAAUGGCACUAGUGUUGUUCCAUCCACUGUAUUGUUAUUAUCGUUUGUAAGAAGAUGAAAGGUGUUAAUGUAGGGUGGCCUCCAGUGGCAUAAUGUUCAUACCAAUCUUGGUAAACAUAGGUGAGACAGCAUGGUCAUCUCGUAUGCCUCUUUUAUUUAUGAAGAAAGGAGAGUAGGCUAGAAAGUCAAUUUGAAGUAAUUCAUACCUACUGCAUAAACAUACUAAAACACUGUGAAGCUGCAUAAAACAUAAAUUAAAAAAAAAAAUGUAAAGCUAUUCCUAUAACAGGCCAUGGAGGCCCAUAGGGUUGUGGGACA